AUGGUGAAGAUUGACUCUUUCACGCUUGAGGACUAUAUCAACGACAACGUCCGUAAAGCUAAAUAUAGCAUCGCCAGCUCUUGCUCUCUUCCAAUUUCGCUCCAAGAACUUCAGUCGCUUUCCGAGAAUUCGUCGUUCCCCAGUGCCAACGGUGACAAUGGCCCAAUACCCAACGAAAUAUUCACUAGAGACCUGGACUACGCCCCAGCAUGCGGUUCGCAGAAGCUACGGGCCCGCCUAGCCAGCCUCUACUCCGUCAAGUUAUUGACUCCACUCUCUCCAGAAAACGUGUUGAUAACCCCCGGUGCGUCCCUGGCUAAUUGCCUGAUAUUCUAUGGCCUGUGUAAUCCCGGUGACCAUGUUAUCUGCCAUUACCCUACAUACCAGCAACUGUAUUCACAACCGGCCUCGUUGGGGGCGGGGGUUAGUCUCUGGAGGACGAAUGGGGAGGAUAAUUGGAAGCUGGAUGUUGAAGAGUUGAAGCGCAUGAUUAGACCCGAAACUAGAUUUAUCGUGAUCAACAAUCCUCAAAACCCCACCGGUGCUGUAAUCCCGCGCUCAACGCUCGAAUCCAUCAUCCAAGUCGCGCGGGAACACUCCAUAAUCGUCAUCAGUGAUGAAGUCUACAGACCCCUCUUCCACUCCAUCACCCCCGCUGACCCGGAAUUCCCACCCUCAGUCAUGUCCCUAGGCUACGAAAACGUGGUCGUCUCCGGUUCGAUGUCCAAGGCUUACUCCAUGGCCGGCAUUCGCGUUGGGUGGCUCGCAUCGCCCAACGUCGAGUUGGUCAAGAAGUGCGAGAAGUGGAGGGCCUACACGGUCAUCACCGUGGGUCAGAUUGACCAGCAGAUAGCCAGCUAUGCGCUAGACGAGUGUCUGCACAAACUUCUCAAACGCAAUAACGAUCUAGCGCGACAUAAUCUAGGGCUGUUGGAAGGUUUUAUUGAGCAGCAUCGGUGGGCGUGUGAUUGGGUGAAGCCUGUUGGGGCUUCUGUGGCAUUUGUGAGGUUUUCGAAGAUGGGGAAGCCGGUGGAUGAUGUGGAGUUUUGUGAGAGAUUGUUGGAGAAGGAAGGGGUGUUGGCUGUGCCUGGCAAUCUGUGUUUUGGGAAUAGGGAUGAGAACGGGAAUGGCAGGGAUUUUAAAGGGUAUGUGAGGAUAGGGUUUGUUGGGGAGACGAAGACAUUGGAGAGGGCACUGGAGGGGUUGAGGGCAUUUAUGAGAGACGGAUUUGAGGAUGUACCUGUAGGCAAGUAA